CGGCCGCGGGGGGCUACGGGCCGGUGAGCGGCGCGGUGAGCGGGGCCAAGCCCGGCAAGAAGACCCGGGGCCGCGUGAAGAUCAAGAUGGAGUUCAUCGACAACAAGCUGCGGCGCUACACGACCUUCAGCAAGAGGAAGACGGGCAUCAUGAAGAAGGCCUAUGAGCUGUCCACGCUGACAGGGACACAGGUGCUGUUGCUGGUGGCCAGUGAGACAGGCCACGUGUAUACCUUUGCCACCCGCAAACUGCAGCCCAUGAUCACCAGUGACACCGGCAAGGCACUGAUUCAGACCUGCCUCAACUCGCCAGACUCUCCGCCCCGCUCUGACCCCACCACAGACCAGAGAAUGAGUGCCACUGGCUUCGAAGAGACCGAUCUCACCUAUCAGGUGUCAGAAUCUGACAGCAGUGGGGAGACUAAGGACACAUUGAAGCCAGCGUUCACAGUCACCAACCUGCCGGGUACCACCUCCACCAUCCAAACAGCACCCAGCACCUCUACCACCAUGCAAGUCAGCAGCGGCCCUUCCUUCCCCAUCACCAACUACCUGGCACCAGUGUCUGCUAGCGUCAGCCCCAGCGCUGUCAGCAGUGCCAAUGGCACUGUGCUGAAGAGUACAGGCAGCGGUCCUGUCUCCUCUGGGGGCCUCAUGCAGCUGCCUACCAGCUUCACCCUCAUGCCUGGUGGGGCAGUAGCCCAGCAGGUCCCAGUGCAGGCCAUUCAGGUACACCAGGCCCCACAGCAAGCGUCUCCCUCUCGCGACAGCAGCACAGACCUCACGCAGACCUCCUCCAGCGGGACAGUGACGUUGCCUGCCACCAUCAUGACAUCGUCCGUGCCCACAACUGUGGGUGGCCACAUGAUGUACCCCAGUCCCCAUGCGGUGAUGUAUGCCCCCACCUCGGGCCUGGCUGAUGGCAGCCUCACCGUGCUCAAUGCCUUCUCCCAGGCGCCAUCUACCAUGCAGGUGUCCCACAGCCAGGUCCAGGAACAAGGUGGUGUCCCACAGGUAUUUCUGACGGCACCCUCUGGGACAGUACAGAUCCCUGUGUCUGCAGUACAGCUUCACCAGAUGGCUGUGAUAGGGCAGCAGGCCGGGAGCAGCAGCAACCUCACCGAGCUGCAGGUGGUGAACCUGGACGCCGCCCACAGCACCAAGAGUGAAUGAUCCGCCCGCCGCCCUGGACAGACGGCCCAAGGGACGGCACCACUUAUUUAUUGUUGCCUUUUCACGUUUUCUUUACACAUAUGUUGACGGGCGCAGGAGGGAGGCGGGGUGGAGGAGCGGGCAGCCACAGGACUAUGCCCUCUCACUCCAGCCAAAGAAAUGGGCCUGCCUGCCCUCCACCUGUCCUCCCGCACCCUCCCUCCUGCCUCCCCCCCUCAGACUCCCCUUGCCAGCUUGGCUCGAUGUUUGCCAUGAAUAUUAGCUUACCCAACGGGACGGUGCCCCCUUCCCACUCACAGGCCUUCUGUGGGGCUGGGCACCGUGUCCCUCCCCCUCCCCAGGAGGUAGUCUGGGCUCUCUCUCCAGCCUCCUUGCUGACCCCAGGUCAGCACUGUGUCUGCCACAGGCUGGCUCACAAGAGGCCUAACCUCCUCAGGGAGCCAGCAGGGGAGCCGGGGUGCCCCCAUGCCACCCUCUGCCCCUUCAGCUCCUGAGCAGCUGGGCCUGCGCAGGGCGGGUUCCUGGGGCCGCCGCCCUGCCUUGCUGUGCCCUGAGGACCUCCAGGGGCACUUGGGUUGGAGGGAACCACCAGUGUUCCCUUCUUACCCCUCGUCUUCCCCUCUCUCCUCCCAGCUGCUUUAAAGUUGAUUUUGAACUUUUUAUUUGAGGAGACGAAGUGAAAACAAAUCUAUAAAUAUAUAUUUUUAAAAUAUUUAACUUUUUUUUAUGGCGUUUUUCUCGUCCCCCUCUCUGCCCAAACUCCCCUUCCCUGGGGAGCCUUUGGGCUCCCCAGAACUGGCAGGGCUCCUGGGGACAGAGCCACCCCAUGAGGUUGGGGUCCUCCAGUGUGGGGGGGAGAUUCUGGGAUGGCCCUAUCCUGGGUUGUUGCCAGGAGAGAGCUGGGGAAGGGGCCCUCAGGCCAUGCCUCAGUGGGGUGGGGAGGGUCACCCACAGCUCUGGGCCUCUUUUUGCCCUUUAGGGCUGUUGCUAGAGAGAGGGAAGAGGGAGACCAAAUGUAGGGGUGGGCGCGGGAGGGUGUCAGGCAGAGGCAACUGACUUCAUUUGUGCCACACGCAUGGGCAUUGCAACCUUGUGCUCCCUCCCCCAGGCCCACAGCUGCCUGGGGCCCAAGUUGCAGUGAGCAGGGUGGGGUCUGGGAGGGGGGCAGAGGCAGGAAUGGGGGUCAUGAGUGGGAGCGGCUCUUGGGCUGAGUGCAGGGGAAUAGGGAGCCAGAAAUGGGCAGCUCUCCCAGGGAGUGAGCAGCUACUGUAACUUUUUUAAAUUAAGACAAAAAGCCUUGAAGAAAAUGACUUUAUUUUUCUAAGUGUAACCUCAGUAUUUAUGUAAUUUGUACAGGGGCCAUGCCCCACACCCCUGCCCCCCUGGGGUAGAUCUUGAGGGUGGGCUGGCAUGGGGGAGGGACUUUUACCCUGUGUCACAGCCCACCUUCACCGCCUGUGUCCAGAAAGGGGCUUUUUCAAAACCGGGGCAGCAGCUGGAGCAGACCUUUCUUAACCCUUCCAACGCCUUCAGUCAGUCAGAACAAGCCUGCCUCUGAUCAGGUGAAGGGUGGGGAGAGAUUCUACGCACAGCCUAGUUAUCAAGGGGAUGAUCUGCCCACGUUGCGAACCCCCUAACCUCUACCCAGUGGUUGUUUUGCCCCAGUCUGGGGUGCCAAGAUGGAAGUCACCUUUCUGGGCUUUCUCCUGGAGAUAGCUGGGGUUUCAGGGUGGCUUUUAAGGCCGGGGCAUGGCAAAUCAGGGCCAGAGCUGGGGAGCUCGGGACUCAGGUCUGUAACUGCCCAGCCCCUUUGCUCUGCUCUUGUUUCACUCCACCACCACUCACACCCUGCUCCCCUACCCAGGAGAGGAGAUGCUGAUGAAUUCCUCUCCUUCCCACAGCAGACAGACCCAGUGAGUGAGUCAGGCAAAGUGCUUAUAAUGUGUGUCGUGUGAACAGGGCCUUGGGAGGGCAUGCGUGUCAGGGACGAGGUGGCAUUUACAAGUGCAGCGACCCUUGGUGUUUUCCUUCCUCGAUGGCUCUGGGGUAUGUGUGUGUGUGUUGUGUGUGUGCCUGAGUGGGUGUGUAUGUGUGUGUGUGAAUGUAGGGGGUGUGUGUCAGUGGUUUCUACUUUCCCUGGGAUGCUGACCCAGGAAUGGUGGACAUGGUCACAGUCCUAUGUACAGAGCUUUCUUUUGUAUUAAAAAAAAAAUACUCUUUCAAUAAAUGUAUCAUUUUUGUGCACAGA